AUGUCUAGAAAGUUUGAUUUGAAAGCCAUUGCUGAUAUUUCUGUACUAGUGGGAACAGGUAUAUCUCUAUACUAUUUGAUUAAUCGGUUACUCAAUGAUGUCGAGAAUGGCCCCAUGUCUGGACGCUCCAAGGAGGCAAGAGAACAGCAAUCUCAGAAAUGGGAUAAAUUAGUAGAGCUGAAUCCGGACCUUAAGAAAGUUCAAUUAUCUUCCUAUGAAAGAACAAUUUUAUCAUCGGUAGUUAUAGCAGAAGAUAUAGACGUUACUUUUAAUGAUAUCGGUGGUCUAGACAAUGUUAUUUCUGAUUUACAUGAAAGUGUCAUUUAUCCUCUUACAAUGCCAGAAAUAUAUACAAACAACCCAUUACUCAAGGCCCCCAGUGGCGUACUGCUAUAUGGUCCUCCAGGUUGUGGUAAGACGAUGCUUGCUAAGGCUUUAGCCAAAGAGAGUGGUGCCAAUUUCAUAUCUGUGCGUAUGUCAACAAUAAUGGACAAAUGGUAUGGAGAAUCUAACAAAAUUGUGGACGCUAUGUUUUCCUUAGCAAAUAAAUUAGAACCUUGUAUUAUAUUCAUAGAUGAAAUCGAUUCAUUCUUAAGAGAGAGAUCAUCAACAGAUCAUGAGGUAACAGCAAACUUGAAAGCAGAGUUCAUGACAUUGUGGGAUGGAUUAUUGAAUAACGGCCGUGUAAUGAUAAUAGGUGCUACAAAUAGAAUCAACGAUAUUGAUGAUGCAUUUUUACGUAGACUACCAAAGCGAUUCCUAGUUUCUUUACCAAAUAUUGAGCAAAGAACAAAGAUAUUGGAAGUACUGCUAGGCAAUACAGAGUUGGACAAGGCCAACUUUGACCUCAGCUUAAUAGCAAAGUGUUCUGGUGGAUUAUCUGGAUCUGAUCUGAAGGAAUUAUGUAGAGAGGCUGCAUUAAAUGCGGCUAAGGAAGCUAUGAAAGAGAAAAGAAAUUUAAUACAGAAGGGUCUAGAGGCGACAGAGGUCAAAUUAAGACCUUUAACUACCUAUGAUUUCUUAAUAAACAUGAAAACAAUUGAAGCGGUUCAAAUGCUAUCACAAGCACCACAGGAUUAA